AAUGUUGGCAACACGCAUCCUGACAAUUGUGACAUAAUUCAGGUUAUUACAAGGAUGCAACUAUCAAAGCAGCAGAAGCGUCAUUACCUGCAGCUCAUGUCGGCAGAAGGCUACGCUGCACAUUUCUCUUGGCUGGGCUGCUGGGAGGAAGGAAACAUGAGACACACACACACAUGCCUCGCUUUCUGCAUGUAAAAUGUGUGUGUGGUUUAAAAGCCAGUGGUUGGCUGGUUUUCCGGACAUGAUGUGGUUGAAGCUGUCACCGUAAUGGAAAUUCAUCGCUGUAGCUAUGUAAAUCGGGUUUUCUGCCCGUGCUGAAUGCAUUAGUCCUCCUGAGAUGUUUGCAGCCGGAGAGCAGGGCUGCUGCAGACUAACUGUGAGCUGCUAACACACGGGUGGAAGAUUAGCUUUUGUAAUACUCGGGUUGCAUGUACCGAAAGUCAUCCAUCUUCUGAGUCAACAUUCUCGGCCUGGUAAAGCACCUGAGCAGGGCUCCGAACCAGCAUAGCACCUCUCCUGCUGUGAGAGAUUUGUUUCUUCCUCCUGCAAGACUGGCACCAGCAGAAAUGCAGUCUCCGAGGGUCCCGGGGAGGAAGCGAGGCCGGCCCCCUCUGCACUCGACGCCUGUGAGGAUGGCAGUUCAUAACCUGUAUUCUGCUUCAGCUGAUUCUUUACCAGCAGUGAAGACCCCAAAGAAAAGGGGGCGGAAACCUGGGCACAAGCUCAAGGCCCGGGUUCUCAUGACCCCUGUAGCCCUCUCACCUCCGCGGAGCACCCCAGAGCCCGACCUGAGCUCCUUCCCUCAGGAUGCAGCCACCAUUCCGCGCUUGGCAGCCCCACAGGCCCUCACAGUCCGCCUCUACAUCAAUAAGCAGGCUGACGCGGGGCCGUACCUGGAGAGGAGGAGGGUGCGGCAGCUCCCCGAGCAUUUCGGGCCCGAGAGGCCGUCGGCCGUCCUGCAGCAGGCCGUGCAGGCGUGCAUCGACUGCGCCCACCAGCAGAAGCUGGUCUUCUCCCUGGUCAAGCAGGGCCACGGUGGGGACAUGGUGUCAGUUUCGGCCUCCUUCGACGGGAAGCAGCACCUGCGGAGUCUGCCCGUGGUGAACAGCAUCGGGUACGUCCUCCGCUUCCUUGCCAAGCUGUGCCGAAGCCUCCUGUGUGAUGGCCUCUUCAGCCACCAGCCCUUUGCCAGAGGCUCCAGGGCCUCCGAGGAAGCCCGGGGGAAGCAGGAGGGCACAGAGGCAGCAAAAACAGUCACCACUGAGGAAUACCUGGUGAGCCCUGUGGGCAUGAGCCGCUACAACAUGGACCCCUCCGCCUCCGCCUUUAGCCACAGGGGCUCCUUGCCCACCUCGUCCGUGCUGUACUGCAAGAGGCAGAACUCUGGAGAUGGACCCCUUGGGGGGUGCCUGGCCACCACUGCUGGUGGUCCCCUCACCAGCUCCCUGUCCUCUGGAGGCCCCUUGGCACCUGGGCUGAGGCCCCCAGGCUCCAGCACCAAGAGAAAUGGGACCUCUCUUGAAGGAAACAGAUGUGCCUUGAGCCCUUCUCCAGACGGGCAGGAUGCCAGGCGGCCAAGGAGCAGGAACCCAUCCACCUGGACCGUGGAGGAUGUGGUCUGGUUCGUGAAAGACGCUGACCCACAGGCGCUGGGGCCGCACGUAGAGCUCUUCAGGAAGCAUGAGAUCGAUGGCAAUGCCCUCCUGCUGCUGAAGAGCGACGUGGUCAUGAAGUACUUGGGCCUGAAGCUGGGACCCGCGCUGAAGCUGUGCCACCACAUCGAGAAGCUGAAGCAGGCCAAGUUCUGAGGGUUUCAAAGCUGGAAGCAAACUCCAGGCGGCAGGUCUCACGGGCAUCUUCCGCCGUCCCCACACCAGCCGCCGUCGCGAGCAGAUUCUCUUCUUAAAACCGGCAGCCCAGCUCCUUGGGCUCUUAGGAAACUCGUGCACCGUCACCUCAAAACUCCCACCCGGCCCUUCAGAAAGGCUCGUCCACAUGAACGAUUUGCCAAAAACAAAUGACCAAAAAAAGCCUCCUCCUUUUCACAUUCCUGAUAGAUUGGUUGCUGGUGGAGUGGCUCCGCUUUUUUAAAACGAGAGAGCGGGACGGACGGCCAUCGCCCAAGGGGAACACCGGCCAGGGGCGUGGGGAGGCCGCCGCCCCGCAGGCUGUGCGCAGAGCCCCGCGUGGCGCCGUCUGCCCGGACUCGACCUGGGCCCCGGGCCCCGUGGGCCCCGCUUGCUCGGCUCUGGAAGCCGUCCUCUGAGGGUGAACGCCCCACCCUGCGCUAUCUGGAAAAACUUGAAUUCUUUUGCUCCCUGAAAGAGAGGAAAACAGUUCUUUUCCCUUCCGAGUUACCCGAAGUGCUGUGUUGUGCCACUAGGGGGCAGACUGCUAAUGAAAUUUCAGGACCGUCGCUCCCGGAACCGGGGAUUCGGGGCUCAGUGGAGGGUUCUGCGCCCAGGAUCCAGCCUGCACGGACACUGGGGAUGCUCCCACCGUCAGCACCACAGACGGCCGCUGGGGAAGAAACCGCCUUCUGGAGAGUUCUAGUUCUUAGCCAAUCCUUGCUGACUGCGGUGUGCAGACCCCAAAGGCAGGAGCUUGGAGGCACGUUCUUCCACAUGGGCUCGGGGUCCUUACGAGUGGCUGACGUGCUGGCGGGCCGAAGGGUCUUGGGGACAUCUCUUUAAAAAGGGGAAGGAAAAUGUCUCAGCUGAGCUUUGAAAUGGGAGCAUGUUGAUUGCUAGUUACAUUGCUGGGUUAUGUAGCUGUAUCUGUGGCUAAUUUUUCUGGUCCUCAACAAACAGACAUGCUAUGAUUGGAUUUAAUUCAAUUUGCAAAUGGGUUUUCCUUCCUCACUGUGGAGUAAUAGGAAAAAAUUGAUUUUCUACCCCUUUGCAGCUGUGUCCAGGGACGAACAACAGAUCCACAGUUGCAGAGGGCGGCCUGUCCCCAUUCUCCUUUUUAUCUGUGUCCACUCUUUGCUCUCUGUUUUUCUUCCUCUCUCAGGAGUAGGAAAAGCAUCUUUGCCAUGGGCACAUCCUCUUCCUUAGAAAACAUUGUGUGUUGGAGGUGAGGACGUGAACUAGACUUCAUGAUCCUUGGGUGGGUGAGGUCAGGGAAACUGGCCCAAAUGCAAAUUGGAAAAGGCACUGCCUUCCUCUGAGCAGGGGUCUUGGCCUGUGUGUGAAGAGGUGGGAUUUCAGCAUCCUUCCGUCUCAACCAGGUGCGACGUGAGCUCACAACCCUGAGGGCCACCCUGGGGAGAUAUGCAUAUUGAUCUUCUGUGAUCAGUUCGAACACAGAUGGAGUUCUAACAUUUAAGAAAUACUGCCUGCCCUGCUGUCAGACCCACGUGGAUGUAAAAGCACCUUAGCAAAAUCCUCUUUAGGCCCACAGAUGGUGGCUGGACUGACCGCAUGGCAGGGAAGGGAAGGAGCAGGGGGUCCUAAACCUGCCCAGGCAACUGAGCCAUUACCAGGUGGUGGAACAGGCUGAUGUGUGUGUUUGUGGCCCCUUAGGGAGCUGCCCUGAAUCAGGCCUUGGCACAGAGACGUCAAGGUUGGAAGUGAGAAACCGUGUCUCUCAGAGUGUGAUAAUUGCAUGUGCUCGCUGCUGGUAGAGAGUUAGGGAAUUGCCCUCAAAAAGCCACUGAUGGUUUAUGUACUCAGAACUGCCAGUGUGAAAACAGUGAAAAUCCCGGGUCAUCCCCUGUUGCUCCCUCCCCGGUUGGUGCUCAGUCGUCUGGGGCAUGUUGUGCCUCUCCCAUGAACACAUACCUUGUUUAGAGACUUCCGGACUUCCUCCCCACCCUCACGAGUGCCUCCCUCACUACAGCAACAUGGACAUUGGUGUCCCCAAAUUAAAAUCAUCCCCAAACAAUGUCAAAGAGAUACUUUGAGUAGUUUUCAGGAGAGAGAGAUUCUCCUGUCUCAAGUCUAGGGGAAAACUGGAUCAGGUUCACGUGAAACUGGCCCCUCUCUCAGAGGUGCUAUGUCGUUUUGCAUUAAACUUUAAGCAGGACAGAUUGCUAGAGCCAUGAUAUUUAAGGUUUAAAUUUUUUAAAAUCUCUUUGGUCUUCAAACGAAUGCUGCCAUGUCAGAGAAUAACCCAGUGAAGAAAUUCUUCAUUGCUUCUUUUUGCACUUAAAUGCAAUUAGCCACCCAAAUUAUUGUAGCAAUACUGCAAUGAUAAUUAAUUUUCACCCCUUUCAAAAAUCUUGUCAAACUAGGCAGCUAAAUAGCUUAGCAAAUGUAAAGCAUGCUAGGCCAUUUCCCCUAAACAGACCUUAACGAGUCAGGCAUGCGUAUCACUCUCCUCCAGAUGUGAGCUGAUCUGGGGGCUUCACACUUGUACGGAUUCGAUACUUGUGACUGUGUUGCAGUAGCUUCGCUUCAGGUUGUGGCGGAUAAUGGUAUAGCUUUGCAUAAUUCCAAAUUAAAGCGUGUGUGUGUGUGUGUGUGUGUGUGUGUGUGUGUGUGUGUUCACGUCCCAAACAUUUCCAGUUAUACCUGUCUGUUAACCAUUUUCUUACAAAAUUAGAGACAGCCUAUGGCAUUUGAAGUAUUUUACGAAGCACAUUAUUCUCUUUGUGAAGACUUUAGGUAAGAGACGUCGGGUGUGUGUGUGUUCCUGACACUGUUCUUGGAAGAGUGGGAGGAAGCGGCUGGAAGCAUGUCAGCGACUACAUUUGCUUGGUUUGAAAUGCCUCCCUGGCAUUGCAACAAGGGGGCUGAGACCCCCUAGGCUGUUACUGCCAGGUUUCCCUCUAAUGCCAACAGGCUGUGCCUUGGAGGCCACUGGGGACUGGUUCCGGGUUCCGGGCCUGGCCUCCUGGCGCUGACUGGACAUGCUGGGCAGGAAGCUGCCCCCCUGAGUGCCCACCAAGUGUACCCUGGGCUUCCAUCACCUCCCUUCAGCAGGAAAAAGGAGUGAAGAGCCCUUGAGGGCCAAAUACGAUGUUCAAAUGCCCUGGGAGGGAAUAGUGGCCAAGGCUGGCUUGCUUGAGAAGGAGACCAGUGAGGAAGGGAAGACAAAACUACCCAUUUCUUAAGAAAACACAAAGCAUCUCAUCUAACAGGCCUAACCCUUCAAGGAGCAGCGACCUAUUUUGUAUUUAUGUGCUUUGUGGAGUAUUUCUUAUUUCUUAAAAUUAAAUAUUAUUUUUUAAAUAA